GGAGGUAGUGAGUAAAGGGAAACUACUCGAGGCAGACACAGCGCGAGGGUGACGAUGGAAGUGCGAUCCAAAACAUGGACUCAUCGUGUGGAGGCAAAUUUUACCAACAGGUCUUCGCGGUACGUAGACUUAUUAUGGGUGGAUUAUCAGGGUGCACUUGUGCGUUAUCAUAAGCGGAUGGCUCCUAAUGAACUUAAAAAGCUGAUUACCUUUGCCACACACCCUUGGGUGGCUCGUGAUUCGGACACAGGGCAAGCGAUGUAUCUCUCAGGUCGCCCUGUCUACAUCACUAGUUUGCAGAAAGAGGAAAAGCGAGAACCCGUUGAAGUCCCAUUCAUAUUCCAGUGUAUUCUUUGGAGGAUAUCUGCAUUGGAUUUUUUCGAAGGCAUCUCGACAGAUCUGACAUGCCUCUUCUUGGUGUGAAUUGCUUCACUCUCCAGAGACUCACUGCUGUGCCUCAGAAACCUUCAAAAGAGUACUCUCAGUUACGGAGAAGACAGAAUUAACUUGACUAAUGAGAGCAAGAAUAUGUAAUUCAGUCACUGAUAUGGUGCCUGUAUAGACACACUGUUGGAAACAAGUUGUUCUUCAUAGCCUCACAGAUCCUGAUAUGCUGAUUGCUGGAUAGAAUACUCAAUGUAUCUGAAAUUAACAUGAAUUUGUGCAUGGGUGUGCACACUAUGCACAUUUGUUUGUAUUUAAAAUAUCUGUGUUAACCGACUGUCAUGUAAUCAUGCUCAUUCAACUCCCAUUUGAUGCAGUGGAAACAUUGUUCAUGCUGAAUAUACUAGUCAUUUUGAGGAAAGAGCAUAACAACUGUGUGAAACUCAGAACAUUGAAGUCCAAUGAUCUCUAAAUGUUGGUAAUGCUUUUUAGCUACAUUCAGAAAUCAUCAUAAAUGAGAUGCACCAUUAACGUGUACAGUAUGUGUUUAGCUGAGAGCAAGUGAGAGAAUUUGUUCAUUCAUAUCAGUUUUUUUGUCGCUGCUGUUUCCAUACCCCUUAAAGUACAUAUGAGGGGUAUAUUUUGUCAUUGUUAAAAAGAGACAUGACUAUAAUGAAUAAAAUUCUAAAUGAUAAAUCAUU